ACAAUACGCUGCCUUCUUCCGGUUCCUACCAUUCCAAUUCUAAGAUGGCGGACCGGCGCAGACGGAGGAAGCGCGCGUCCCAGGACAGCGAGGACGACGACGAGUCAGGUUCCACUUCCGACAGUGGGAGGUCGGCUUCUCCUUCGACGAAGGGGCGGUUGAAAGAACCGGUGCCGGUGGAGACGACUCCGAUUCGAGUCGAGGCCAAGAGCGACGUGGAGUCUGAAUGUGAGAGUGAAGAUGGAGUAGGAGACGCUGUACUCUCAGACUAUGACAGUGCCGACCAAGAGGAAAACUGCUCCCAUUCAGAGGGGCUGGAGGAGGAAGAGGAAGCAGAGCAGUACAGUGAUGAAGAGCCUCCAGCCGCAGUAGCGGCCACUGAGACCCAGCCCCCUGCUCCAAGCUGCCCCACUGAGGGUCAGGCAGAGGAGAUAGAAGCAGCGGAGGAGGAGGGGAAGUUGGAGGGGGAGUUUGAGGGGGAGCUGGAGGGGGAGGAGGAGGAGGUUCAGAAGGAGGACGAUGGACCCAGCAAAGACGAGAGCAAAUUGGAGGAAAAAGGAAACCUAGCUGGAGAGAGACAGAGUGGUGAUGGCCAGGAGUCCACUGAAGACCCCGAGCUGAAGGGAGGGAAGUCUGGCCAAAAGCUUGAUGAUGACGAGGACAGGAAAAACCCGGCCUACAUCCCUAGGAAGGGGCUGUUCUUCGAGCAUGAUGUCAGAGGUCACGCCCAGGAAGAGGAGAGACCUAAGGGCCGCAACAGGAAGUUAUGGAAGGACGACGGUCGCUGGGAGCACGACAGGUUCAGGGAGGAAGAGCAGGCGCCCAAAAGUCGAGAAGAGCUCAUAGCGAUCUACGGUUACGACAUCAGGAAUGGUGGUGGAGCUGGAGACCGUCCGUACAGACAGCGGAGGCCAAGGCAGAGUUUGUCACCAAGCAGAGACAAACGUUGGAGGGAGGGUGGAGGAGAGCGAGGAGCUCGAUCCUGGCAGGGAGGAGGUGUGCAUCGAGGAGGUCCUCCACCUUCCUCCAGUCAACCGUCCUCGACACCAUCUCCUUCUCAUCCUUUUUCCUCUGCCCCACGGAGCUACAUCCCCUCCAGACCACCUGCCUCUCGCAGCAGAGGCCCCCACCUGGGCCACACGCAGCCCACGCCGCAUUCUCACUACAGGAACCAGGAAUCAAACACAGCCCAGAUGCGGUCCAGAGAUCGGCCAAGCUCCAAAGUUCAGUCAGAGUCUGUGUCAGACGUAGGUGUAACCAGCAGAGGUGGGCUGAGUGGUGGGAGUAGAGGCGGAGCCGUUCUUGUGGUUGAGAACAGCAACAUCAGCCAGGAAAGUGUUGACGGUCAGGACCUAAGCACGGCCACUUUCACAGCGUCAGUGCCGCCGCCUUCAGGCAGUCACCAGUUCACUUCAAGACGACAUCCGCGGAAACAACGGGGAACUGCAGAGCGGGGAUCACCGCAACCGGCCGUUUCCUCCUCCACUCCUGACCCCUCCCUCCAGUCGUCGACGGGGGCCGCUCGGGAAGCUUCUCCUCCGGCCGAGCGGCCAGUGGAGCGUAAGUCUUACUCUCUGGGUCGCAGGACUCGUUCUCGUCCCGCAGACCUUGGCAGCAAACAGCCGUCUGUGGAUGAGACGCCAGCCCGAGGUAAUGCCUCUUCCCCCAGCAAUGUGGGAAGAAAAGGCUGGACAGGCGGAGAGGGCAGGAGUCAGAUAGGAGUAGGAGGAAUGACAACAGAGUUGGACCAGGACAUGGGCAGGCUGAAUUUGGCUGGACAGAGCUGGAGUCAGAGUCCAGCGUCAUACAUCCGCUCAGAGAUGAGGGGUCUUCCCAGCACCAUGCACAUGUCCAGUGCUCCGCCUCCGCCGUUUUCUAGCAUAGAGGAGAUGAGCGUGGGCUCCAGUCGGGCCAAGCGCUACUCCUCCCAGCGUCAGAGGACUGUACCUGAGCCCACGCCACCCCUUCACUUGGGAGUCAUGGAGGGCCACUACUAUGAACCCAUGUCAUACCAGGGGCCGAUCUAUGCUCAUGGGGAGGCCCCUGCCCCCAUCCCACCUCAAGGCAUGCUGGUCCAACCUGAAAUGCACAUGGCCCACCCCGGUCUCCACCCUCACCAAUCAGGCGGCCCCAUCACUAACCCCACCAUUUAUGGAGGGCCACCUGUGUCUCUGUCCCCGGGGCAACCCCAGCAACUCCUGCCACCACCUUUUUACCCUCCACCUGGCGUCAUGACUUUCCCGUACCCCACCAUCUAUCCAAGCCCACAGGGCCAAUCCCAAGUGACCUAUGGCGGUGUGACCUACUAUGACACGAUGCAACAGCAAGCCCAGCCAAAGCCCUCGCCCCCCCGCCGGGCAUCUCAGCCCGUCACAGUGAAGCCUCCGCCUCCAGAGGUGCCCUUUGCCUCAGAGUGACCCCGCCCCAUGUCCGCCCUCCGUCCCCCAUCUCCACCUCUAGUUGGUGUGAGAAGGACAGGAGCAGGGUGGAAGGGGUCGGGGGCGGAGCUUCUGUCAUCAAAGCCAGCCAUUAGUGUGAGAGGGAGAAAGGCAAGGACACACUUAAGCAGAGACUCGCAGCAAGACUGAUGGACACACACACACACACACACUCUUCAACGCUGUCCUGCAGAUUUACCAUGAAUCCAAACACGGUUUAAAACGUCGACGAUGUGAAGAUUCUGUUCUUCACCUGUGCUCUCCACCUCAACCCUAAACCUUUGGCCUUUUAUAUUUGUUCCAUACUGAAUCACAAUAAUGAACAUGAACUGAUCAGUCUGUCCGACUCCGUGGGCCCCCGCGGUCCACCGUGCUGCGUGAGCGACUCCAUCGGGAACGAUGGUCUUGUAAAUUAAAGCUGCAAACAUUUUAGUUCGUUUUUGCUUCUUCCUGACGAGCUGUAGAUUUUUGUCUGAAGAGAGAAGACUUGGGUGUGUACAGAACAGUGAAAGUGUAAAUAGAAGCUGGAACAAAUGGAGUUAAAGAGAGAUUUAUCAGAGUUAGGCUAAUUAAAGUCCACAUCAGGGAAUCUAAAGAAUGUAGAGUUUUUACAGAGACGCCGCACCGACACACCGACAAGUGUUUGUUGCUUUUAUUGAGUUUUUCCCGAGUCACUCAUCAGGUUCUGGUUCUUUUUUUUGUUUUUUUCCCUCAUCUCAGUUCUUUCUCUGUUCACUCUGCUUCAGUUGGAAACAUUUUCAUUUUUCUCAUCCCCCAACAUCCCAGGAAUCCACCUUGGAUUGAACAUUUGGGCCAUGAAAAAAAAGAAACCCCUGUGACCCCAGGGAACAGUGGAGGUCGAUCGAUGACGUUGUCUUUGUUGUGGAUUUGGACGUGGCUUAGAUAUUCAGCAGGCGGUGGGUUCAGUCCUGUCCUGGCUCUGAUUUGGUCAAAGUUAAGAGGAACCACGGGCUCUGAGCUUCUUCAGCUCCAGAAUGAAGGUCAUGUCUCCAAAUGGUCAACAAACAUUCAGUCUUUGGUUGGAAAUAAAAGCUGGAGUUUCCUGCUUCGUCCUUCGGCCGUUCUUCACUCUCUGAUGUGUAAAUUCCGUCUGGUUCGUCGUUGGAACCCACCCUGCGGGUUCUGAGCCAGAAAAGUUCCAGAGCCACGUCAAUUAAAAUGGUUUUCACCUAAACCUGACUUUUUCCCCAAAUUCCUAACAACGGCAAGUUGUGAUGUCACUUCCUGUAGUGUUUGAUUUGUUGGUGCAUCGGUGAUGUCAAAGACAGAAAGAGAAGAGAAGUCCAGUUUUCAUUCAUGAUGCUUGUGUUCUACUGAAUUGAUGUCUAGAACUCGUCCGUGGGAUUUUUUUUUAAGGAUAGCGUCACAACUAAUUUGGAAACGUUUUUCUUUGACUUUUUUUUAUAAUAAUUACGUUUCUAAGAGUGUGUCGACUGCUGUGUUAUGUUUGAUCUGAACUGACCACUAUUGUUUUUCACUUUGUUUUUAUAUAUUCAGUUGUAUAAAGUACUGACACAUUACUGUAUGCGGCUAAUAACCUGUUCUUGAUUUUUUUAAUUUUUUUUAAUCUUACAGUUUAACAGACUUUCCCAAAACAGAAACAGACGUUUGUGAACCACUCACCCUCCAAAGCCCACAGAGAAAAACCACUGAUUUUAGCCAAUGACGUGUCAGUUGUUCAUCCACUGCUUGAAAUGUCUUGUUCAGAUUUACCUAGGUGACACACACACACACUGACCACAGGAGGCAGCAGUGCGCCACCAGCUCCUGUGUCCCUGUGAGUCAAAACCCCUGAUUUUCUCUUUGGACUUUGGUAGAGAGAGAGAGAGAGAGAGAGAGAGAGAUUCACAAACUACAGUGUGCUGUCGAAUAAGUGAGUCAGUCUGUUUGUCUUGUAUUGGCUCUCCCAGGGGGCGCUCAAAGCACCGCGAGCCCUGAUUGGUCAGUGAUUUGAUAAAGCUGGUCCGUUCCUUUAAAUGUCCCAAUGAUCAUGAUGGUGUUUAGUUUUUUGUUUGUAUGUUGUCAUCUGCACAUGGUUAUUAAAGAAGAGGAUCAAACUGAG